UCAGGGCUUCCCGCGUCGGCCGGCCCUGGGGCCGCGUCCCCCGGGCAACUCCUCAGCCGCGGCCUGAGCGUCUGCCCGCAGGUGUCGGCUCCGAGGCUCGGGGCGCGGCCUGCUUCGGCCCCAUGGUGGGCUUCGGGGCGAACCGGCGGGCCGGCCGCCUGCCCUCCCUGGUUCUGGCGGUCCUGCUGGUGGUGAUCGCGGUGCUCGCCUUCAAUUACUGGAGCAUCUCCUCACGCCACGUCCUGCUGCAGGAGGAGGUGGCGGAGCUGCAGGGCCAGGUCCAGCGCACCGAGGUGGCCCGCGGGCGCCUGGAGAAGCGCAAUUCGGACCUCCUGCUCUUGGUGGACUCGCACAAGAAACAGAUUGACCAGAAGGAGGCCGAUUACGGCUGCCUUAGCAGCCGGCUGCAGGCCCGGGAGGGCCUGGGGAAGAGAUGCGAAGAUGACAAGGUUAAACUGCAGAACAACAUAUCAUAUCAGAUGGCAGACAUACAUCAUUUAAAGGAGCAACUUGCUGAGCUCCGUCAGGAGUUUCUCCGACAGGAGGACCAGCUGCAGGACCACAGGAAGAACAGCACGCGCCUUGUGAGGAGGCUGCAGCAGGAGAGUUUUCAGUGUGGACAACAGAUCAAGGAGUUAAGAGCUCAGCAUGAAGAAAAUAUUAAAAAGUUAGCAGACCAAUUUUUACAGGAACAAAAGCAAGAGGCCCACAAGUCUGAAUCAAAAGGUGGAAACGAAUUGGAUACGGACAAUCAUGCAGUGCCUAAAAACAUUCCAGAAGUUGCUGAGAAUGGUGCAGGCAAGAGUGAAGAGCCCUCAAGCCAUCAUAUCCCACGCGGAAAAGAACAAAUCAAACGAGAUGGUGAUGCAGGCAUGCCUGGAAUAGAAGAGAAUGACCUUGCAAAAGCUGAAGAUGUUCCUGUUGCUUUAAAGAAACCCCCUGUUUCCUUUUCUCAAUAUGAAAGUCAUCAAGUAAUCUCCCAUCUUCCAACUGGAAAACCUCUCUCCCCAAAUAUGGUUCCAGAUUCUCAUAUAAACCACAAUGGAAACUCUAGAACUUCGAAACAGAACCCUUCCAAUCCUCUUCAGCGUUUAAUUCCAGGCCCUAACUUGGAGAGUGAACCCAGAAUUCAAGCAGAAGUUCUAAAGCAGGCUACCAAGGAUCGAGCUGGUGAUUUCCAUAAAUUGAAGCAAAAUGAUGAAGAACGAGAACUUCAGAUGGAUCCUGCAGACUAUGGAAAGCAACGUUUCAAUGAUGCCCUUUAAGCCGUGAAGGAAAACUUCAGAUAACCUAAAGUGCUGUAAAAUGGAAUCAUUUCUACUUUGUCGAUUUUGACUUUUGUUGUAAAGAUCAGUUGUAAAGAUACAUUGAGAUAGAUUUAAUGAAAAAUUUUAAUGAAAGAAUGUACCCAUGUACAUAUGUGAACUUUUCAUAUUGUAUUAUUAAAGCAGAGACUUCUGGGGUUAUGUUACAGUUGAG